AUGCACAAGGUCCCAGGUUCAAUUCCGACUGCCCGAAACUGUCUUUUGCAAAGUUGCCACAUCUUAAACACCCCGUUUUUCAGUGCGGUUCAUGGGCGUAUCAAUCGAAUAUUGUGAAUUUGGUGGCGGCAAAGGAGGAAAUCGCCCUUGAAGAUUUUUACGAUAACCAAGUCAGUUUUUGGCGGCGAUUUCCAUUUUUCGACCCCGUUUUUUGCAGGAAUGGCUCCUAACCGACGCUCGUCUCUUCAACGGCACCACCAGAAAUGUGUCCGCUGCGAAUGAGUCGUUUUCGAUGGUCUACAUGCAAUUGGACCUGAAACGACAGAGUUUCUACUACGUCUUCAACCUCGUCUUCCCCACUACUUUGGUAUUUUUUGGCGAGAGAAGGAUGUAUAAUAUUCGUAAAUGAUUGCAGGUCUCUCUCGUGGCCGUCAUCGGAUUUCACGCUCCGAUCAACGCGACCGGAAGACGGGAGAGCAAGUUUCGGCUCGGUGAGUCGCACUUUUUUUCAGUUUCCUUGUGCUAUUAUCCAUGAUUACACUUGUUCAGGCAUAAUGACGCUUCUCUCGAUGUCCGUGAUGUUGCUGAUGCUCGUCGGCGAGAUGAAAUUCGCGAUGGAAAGUGUGCCGGGCCAACGUGGAUCCUUCUCGGACGUUCCGCUGAUGGGCAUCUAUUAUAUGACUCUGAUUUGUAUCGUCUCUAUUGCCACGUGUACUUCCACCAUUUUUGUACACGUGGAGAAGUUUGCGUUGCGAAAUCCCAGUUGGCAGGUUCGUUUUGACUCAAGUUUCAGGAGUCGAACUUUGAGCCUCAAAGCCUGGAAGUUUAAACUACUUUCAAGAGCUACACUACUCUUAGGAAUGACUUUAGUGAAAUAAUGUUAAUUACAAAAAUAUAGCGCUAGACCUGCGCUUCACUUUGUCAAUUGACACUUUUUUUGUAAAACCACUCCCUGGGGUUCUGUAGCUCUUGAAAGUUAAGACUAGAGUUAAAGGGUCUAAAAAGUAGCCUCAACUUCCCAGCGCUACAGUACUCCAGGGAGUGGUCCUAGACAAAAGUUGUCAACUGCAAAAAUGACGUACUAGACAUGAAGAACAAGCGCAAAAAUUUUUAGACGAAUAGAACUUGUUCUGACGUUACUUUUCCAGAGCGUUCCGUGGUACGUGCGUUGGCUGGCCGCCAAGAAGCUCUUCUGCUGUUACGUGCCCAAAUCGUUCCGUUACGACAAGGACGCGUACAGCCAGAACAACAAUGUGCAGGCGAUUUCUCUACAUUCGACGCCGGACCGAAAUGUCGUCAAAAAUCUGAUUCCCAAGGAGGUAGUUUCAGACGAUUCUUUAAAAACGUUCAAUAUUUCGAAUUUCCAGAUAAACUUCACCGAAGUCAAUCAAGAUGCACCAUUACACGAUGUUCUGGAAGGUAAAGACGCGUUUCACAAUUUGAAAGAUCCACAAGAUUCAGGCCCGGACACUGAAAACCGCCAAAAAGUGGAUCUGAUCGUCUCGCUGCUCCGCGAGAUAAUCAGCGUAAAGGAGCGGCUCGGAGCAUCGGGACAAUUGGCGCCGUACUGGGAACGGAUAAUAUCGAGAUGCGAGAAAGUGUCGCUGAGCUUCUACCUGCUCCUCAUCACCAUCAAUGUGCUAAUGUUCUUGUAUCCCGAGUUGUGGUAUUAA